AUGACUGAUGAGUUGGAAAGAUUAACACGAGAUCCACAUGAAGCGAAAACAAUCACCCUGGAGCCCACUGGGUCUAGGCUCAUCGUACCUGCCAGCGCAGGUGGAGGUGUCAAAAAGAGCACUUCUAUCACAGGCCUACAUAUACGAGACAAAUUGCGAGAAAAAAGAGAGAAAUUUCGGAAGAACCAAUGUUGUGGAAUUGUGUUUUUUCUAAUAUUGGGAACAUUGUUAAACGUCCUAGCUUACCUAUCUAGUGUGUGGGCAGCGCAAUUACAGCAAGAAGUAGUUAGAACUGCUGUAGAGAAUGAACAUACAUUCCGUUUUAAAUUAAAAAGAACUCUUGCCGAAGCACCAUCAAAAUAUUUGAUUGGUUUGCUAAACUUUGGAGGUCGUGUUCUGAGUGCACUAGGAAUAGUUCUUCUUGUGCAGGUUAUUUCAACAUACUUAAAGCGUAGAAGGUAUAAUGUUGUUAUGAAAAGUGCAGCAGAAGAAGCUGAUACGUUGAUAGGCGAUAUGCAUGGCGGUGUGACGGAUAUGGUUGGCGAAUGCUGUUUAACAUGCUUCCAGUCACUAACAUAA